GAGGCUCUGCUGGCAACAUGAACCCGCUGUAACGCGCAGGCUGCGCGGCGGGGCGGGGGUGGAGGCGCCGGCGCCGCGGUGAAGUUCUCCGCCAUGAACCUGAGGGGCCUCUUCCAGGACUUCAACCCGAGUAAAUUCCUCAUAUAUGCCUGUCUGCUGCUGUUUUCUGUGCUGCUGGCCCUUCGUCUGGAUGGCAUCAUUCAGUGGAGUUACUGGGCUGUCUUUGCGCCAAUAUGGCUGUGGAAGUUAAUGGUCAUUGUUGGCGCCUCCGUUGGAACUGGAGUCUGGGCACGAAAUCCCCAAUAUCGAGCAGAGGGAGAAACGUGUGUGGAAUUCAAAGCCAUGUUAAUUGCAGUGGGCAUCCACUUGCUCCUGCUGAUGUUCGAGGUCCUGGUCUGUGACCGGAUUGAGAGAGGAAGCCACUUCUGGCUUCUGGUCUUCAUGCCACUCUUCUUUGUCUCCCCUGUGUCUGUUGCAGCUUGUGUUUGGGGGUUUCGACAUGACAGGUCACUAGAGUUAGAAAUCUUGUGCUCUGUCAACAUUCUUCAGUUUAUAUUCAUUGCCUUGAGACUGGACAAGAUCAUCCACUGGCCAUGGCUUGUUGUGUGUGUCCCCCUGUGGAUUCUCAUGUCCUUUCUGUGCCUGGUUGUCCUCUACUACAUUGUGUGGUCCGUCUUGUUCCUGCGCUCCAUGGAUGUGAUUGCGGAGCAGCGAAGGACACACAUAACGAUGGCCCUGAGCUGGAUGACCAUUGUCGUGCCGCUUCUUACUUUUGAGAUCCUGCUGGUUCACAAACUGGAUGGCCACAACACUUUCUCUUGUAUACCAAUAUUUGUCCCACUGUGGCUUUCGCUCAUCACUCUCAUGGCAACCACCUUUGGACAGAAGGGAGGAAACCACUGGUGGUUCGGUAUUCGCAAAGAUUUCUGUCAGUUUCUGCUUGAAAUUUUCCCGUUUUUAAGAGAAUACGGAAACAUUUCAUAUGAUCUUCAUCAUGAAGACAACGAAGAAACCGAAGAAACCCCUGUUCCAGAACCUCCUAAAAUUGCUCCUAUAUUUCGAAAGAAGGCCAGGGUAGUGAUUACACAGAGCCCUGGAAAGUAUGUGCUCCCUCCUCCCAAGUUAAAUAUUGAAAUGCCAGAUUAAAGUCCCUUCUUUCCAGGAGGGAACGUCGGUGGAGCGGACACACAUGCCUCCCCCUUCCUCUGCCUCUGUGGGGACCCUCCACCCAGGACUGGAACUGGAGCUGGCUCCUUGGGGACUGUCAUCUCAUGCCUUGUUUGCAUUCAAAGCCUAUCUGUGACUCCCCACUGUGUGCCACAGAGGUGGAGGGGACUGGACGACGCGGUGUGGGGGGUGUCACAGGAAGUGUGCUUGAGGGAGAGUGUGGCCACAGGAGCAGGAGAAACUGACUUCCAGAUGGGCCUGAGGAGCUGGCUCAUCGUGGGGUGGCCAAUCAGGCCCAAGAAGGGGUGUCUUCCUGGCUGUUGGGUAAGAUGCUAAACUGGAUCACGGUGUUUUGAAAGCAUAUCGGCCAGGAUGUGUGGCCCAGACUUAUCCUGCUGUGCAUAGUCAGUAGGAGCUCUUCAUGUCCUGUUGCCCACCGGUCUGUAUGCCUUGCAGGCCUCACUUCCAGCGCCCUACCCUGGAAGGCAUUGUUCUUGGGGCACGAGGAUGGCAGUUUUUACUUAAAACCUCCUUGGCAAGCCUUGUCUCAUGGAGUGACUCCAUGCCUGUAUAGUAUUUAUACAAAUAUUUUAGCAUUGUGACAAUACAGUGUGGAAUCCUAGUCUGUACAGUCUAUUCUGUUAAAGUAUUUUUUUACAAGCUUGUACUAGAGAUGGACAUGUUCUGUGCUGAAGUAGAAACUGGCAGCAUAUUGCCCACCCGAACAGGGGCCACCUCACGGGACACAGCCAUUCAUCCACUUGAGGUUCUCCUGGGAUGGAACAGCUGCUACUACCAGAACAGCCACCACAAGCGAGAAAUGGUCCGUGCUGUUCCACUAUCCAGGGAGCACUGGCUUGCCAAAAACAACAAAGCACUGUUUGAAACUAGAACCCUGCAGAAGGUGAUCACAGACGAAACCUGAACAACAGAAUCAUGGGUAGCUCACAUGUCUGCAGAUUUUGGUCAGCAGUGACAAAGAGCGCUUUAGCCUGGGUCCUUUGCUUUUCACUCUGAGAGCAGUUUCUGUAAGCUCUGCUGGUAUAGCCAUGGAACAAAGGGGUAGAAACUAGUUCUUACAGCUAGGAGAACCUUCAGCUUGAAGAGAAAGGUAGCAUUUUCUAAAGCAGGGAAAGAGGGGAGUUCACGUUCUCACGCAGGAGAGGUGAGGAAGAGUUUCAAAGCAGUCCACUGCUCAGUGGUCUGGGCUACAACUGAAUCCUGUGAACAGCUCCUGCCCUGGCACAGGACCCCGGCAAAGCUGCUCUGUUUGAGGGAACAGGGUAAAUGGGUGGUGUAGCUGUGCCCACAUGCUGUAUAAGAAGUUCAGCUAAACUCACGAUUCCGUCUCCCUCAGCUGUUCAAUAAAGCAGUCCCUCAUUUUGAACGUUGCCCGUGGGGAGCUUGUCGUAGAGGUGGCCCAGGAAACUCAAUGGGGGCUCAGCCAGUCUCAGCAUCUGUAGCUGCACUGGCAGCUGGGCAGUAGUGUGUUGAGGGAAACCUUUCAGAACUAGUUGGCUUCCAGGUACCACCUUAAUGGGAUGGGAGAAAAGUAGGGAUGGCAUCAAGAUUCCACAGUUGCCUAAGUGAUGCUAUGUCACCUUUUCUGCAGCCCAUGAGACUCAGCCGAGUGUUCCGGGGGUUCCAGGACCAUCUGCCACGGGAUUCGAGUUUCAGUGGUUCUGCUGCAUGGUCAGGGCUCGUCAGAAGCUGAGUAUGGCUGAUAUUUAACCAAACACUCUUUCCCUGAUUCCUGUCGAGCUCACUCGGCUGCCUCUGCCAUUUAAUGAGAAGGGAAAUCAGGUGGAUUGUCAGCUUGUGGUUUGUAGCGACCAAACAAGGAGAUCUAGCUCUUGCUGUUGAUUAAACGAUGUCCCGUCACUAGCCAAGGGCACAAGCGAGCCUUGCUCAGGCUCAGUAGAUUUCAGGCUUGUUGUCAAACACAACAUCUUUGAAAGCAACGUCAGCAGUUCUGUCUUACUGCCAGGUACCUUGCUCCCUGGGUGGGUCUCACUGAAUCCUCACAGCCCUGUACAGCAGCUGCUGCCACUGUCACCACCAUGAGGAGACAGCUCAGAGAGUAAACACGCCCGAGGUGACACAGCUCGGACAUGGCUGGGCCGGAAUGCCAACCUCACCCUCCAAGUGAGAACCAUGGCUCUCACCCACGGUGCAGAAGUGCCUCGGGCCUGAGUUCAUGAUUCCGCCUCACCUCUGGGGGCUGGCAAUCUCUGUGCCUGGAUCGGAGGGGGCGUCUUGGAGUGGUGCCCCCUAUGUGGGUAUGUGGUGGCCAAGGUGAAAAAUGAGCUGGUGCAGGGCUUUGCUCUCAGGAAACAACUGGCAUUACCCAGUGAUGAGAUCAUAAGCAUUAAUUGCUUACACAGUGAUUAGGAAGAGGAAUUGGGCAAGAUGCAUCAUGAGGUCAGUCUUCCUCAGACCCUCCUCCCAGGGUGAGUGGACAAAGGAAAUGUCUUCUACGCAUGCCCCACAAUGCGCUGUAGACUGGAGACAAAGGGACCCGGGGCAUAUAUACCUUAAACUGGAGGGGUAUACUUGCUGGAGGGCAUGGGAAAAGGGAGUAAGAGCAAGGGGCCUUUGUUCAGGCGCAGAUGGCCUGCCCCAUCAUGGUACUACGAAGGUGUCUUUCUUCAGGUGCAAACAGCAUAGCCAUCCUGUGACCGAGGUGCGUAACCAGAAAGCCCAUUCCUUUCCCACUAGCUAUAAGAUUAAUUUUGUAAGCCUGCAUUUUCUGUUUAAUGAUACCACAGGUUCAAAGUUGCCAGGAGAAGCUGCCAUGUUCCUGCCUUCGGUCAGUCUGCUGCCCCUGGGUGCCCAUGCACAUCAGGGCUGCGGGGCCUGUUGUCCACAGGCCUCUGUUUCCUCACCCCCAGCCAUGCUAUUCCACUGUUGGGCCAACUGCCCCUGCUUCUCCGGCUACAUGGCACCCAUCGUCAGGCCUCAGGGUGCCCUGCCUUCAGGGACUCCCACAGAUAAGGCAGUCGUUUUCCCAGGAAGGGUGCAGGUCAAUAAAAGCACCAGAAAAUGAGUGACCAUCUGUCCGAGUGAUGUCCCUUGUCUGUCACUUGGGUGUCUUUGCACUUGAGUCUCCCUCUGAGGUCUGCUUUGCUUGCACAGUAGAAGGAAAGGUGAGCACGCUGAUCCCCGGCGUAAUGCAGGCCCCUAGGAGAUGAAUGGGCAGGUUACGGGUGCGAUAAAGCCCGUCGGACAGCCUGCGUCCACUCAGUAAAGAGCUGUCUGUAAAAUGUUUGACAAGUUCAAAACGCCAGCGGUGCCUAAUGAUCACACUGUCUUCCUGGCCACGCAGGCACAGUUCUCUGUCCUCUCGGUGCCUUUGUAUAACGGUCUUCAAUGACCCAUGAGGGAAGACCAAGUCUCACUUUAUGACAGGACUAACACGUGCCCUCUCCGUCCCCCGACACCCCAGUGUGGAAGUGACAGUCAGUGCCCGUGAGUCCUACGGGUUUUCUGUUGAGAGGGGCUCAUGAGUAUGUGGGUCUCGCGGUUGACCUUUGACAUUUAUUCCUGGUGCUGUGUCUGAGAGCUUUUUCUUAGAACUAAAAAUUUAGAGGAUGUGAUAGCUGCGCUUAGGAAGAAACUUUCCGGAGACAAGCCUUUCUCUUUCAAAGUCGCUUCUGCUUGCUUGGGGUGUCUAAAUGAGAACGCACGCUCUCGUGGAUGGGCCUCCGUAAAGAGUGCUGUGCCCAAACGAGCAUGAGAAGGACCCUUUCCAGUUCUUACUAUAGAUAAUUGGGCACAGACACCCAAAGACCUCCGAGAUCAGGUGGCGGGAGAGCCCAAACCCCAACACUCCAAGGUGGCACUCUCCUCGAUUUUGAAUUUAGCCCAAUGUAGGAGGGUCCUGUGACAGCUGAGGAGUGGGUGGGAAGCGAACACGUGGGAACGGCUGACAGAAGAGUUUGUAAUCUCCAUCUCGAAGUGACCUGCAGGUGGAGAGCCAGUCUAGCUGCUGUUACAAACCAAUGCUUAGGUAGAAAUGGGUGCCCAUCACCUUUCCAAGCUUCAUGCAUUUGUGAGCGCUUUCACUUUUCAGGAGGGCAUUUUUCUCAUCUUGUAAUUCCAGAUACCUCUUGAUCUUUGCUUGAGUCACGUGGAGAUGAUGCUCCUUACAUCCACUUCAAUCCACGAGAAACUUUCUCAUGUGCAGAUCUGCAUAGCAAGGUGCAGGUCUGCACAACGUAGUACCGGGUGGUUUGCUUCUCACAAGGUUUGGCUUGAAGGACAUGGUUUGUUUACAAAGCCUAGAGUGUAUGACCCCAGUAGCAGACCUCCUCCAUACUUCAUUCUUACCAUUUACUCAUUUCUCCAUUUUAAACUUAACACUUAAAGGAAAUAUGCUGACCUUGAGUCCCUCUGAGCAAGGACUAAGGGCUGCUUUCUAGAAACAUCUGAGAGUAAAGUGAGCAUGAACAGGUCUUAAGGGCUGUGCUAAGACAGCUAAACCGAGUCUUGACAACAAAGACCAGGCUGAUCCAGAGCACAGGAUUUGACUGUUGCCUCCAAGACACGAUAAGGUGCACAGUGAUUAGAAAAGUGUAAAACACCACUGAAGCAGAAGUGGUUCUAGACCUAGAGAGGGCUGCAUAAAAUGUGCAUCAAGGUAUGGAAAGUGUGACAUGUUAUGCUAAAGUCAUACAGCCAGGUGGUUUGCUGUCUAUGUAUGAUAUGGAAUACCUAUACACACACGUGUGUGUAUGUAUAUGUAUAUAGUAUGCAUGCACACACACAUGCAUAGAUAUAUAUGUAAACACACACAUAUAUGAGAGUAACAAUAGCCAAGCCUUUCGAAAGCACAAUUCAGUAUGGUUACUUUGGGCACUUGCUCUCUAACUACUGCCAUGGUCAAUACAUCUUCCUAAACACCUGACAGAACCUUCCAGAAGCUGGUGCAUUGGUUUGACCUCAUCCGUAUGACUGCAGAGACAUCAUGUGUGUCUUGUGGUGGGGGAGAGCAUGGAUACUCUGGACUCACUUCCCACCAAGCACUGCCCAGACCUCCUUUAGCCCCAGGUCAGCGAGAUUCCAACAUCAGUGCACCCCUACAUCACCUCUGAGGUCCCCUUUCUCCCUGACACCUCUCCAGUGAAGGUGCCUACAGCCAAACAGUGACAAGUAGAGGGUGGAAAAUAGGUAGAACGUUCCCCCAUGGUCUGCCGAAACCCAGGAACGCUUAUUCUGUGGGAAUGUGUCCACCUCCUUCCUGUGUGUGCUGCCUCUUAGGGCGCAGUGACAGUGGUCUCCAGCCAUCGUGACGCCUUGUUAGGUGAAACAGACAGACUACUGCCACAGGGACCAGUGGGCGCUCUGGGGCAUAACCACAAAGACGGAUGUCGUCUGUGAAGUGGCCGUAGGACCGUGGGCGAAGCAGCAACUAAUUAAGGAUCUUUGUAGAGGGGCACCGAGAGCUGAAGUCCUGUUCCCAGCAAAGGCUCAGAAAUCACCAAGUAAGUCCUGAGAACA